CUCAUGUUUAAAAAAUAAUAACAAUGAUUAUAUAUUGGGGGCUGUGGAAUAGAAUUAAAAGUUGAGUGCGGGUACUACCUUGGCUCGGCUUCUCACGGGACCAUAAACACCAUGCCAGAUAAUCAAGAACCAAUUCUGAAUGAGGAAAAUUUAACAAUCCAAUCACCACUUCUGAAACUCAAGCGCUGGAAAUGGUGGCUAUUGGUAGUAAUCAAUAUCUUUUUCCUUAUUGUGGGCCAGGCUGCCGCAGUUCUUCUAGGUAGAUUUUACUAUGAUCAAGGUGGAAAUAGUAAAUGGAUGGCCACACUCGUUCAGGCUGCUGGCUUCCCAAUUCUUUUCAUCCCACUUUUUCUUCUUCCUUCCAAAAAGGAAGACUCAGCUCUUCCUACCUCACCUUCCAUUAUAACUCUUGGUUUGGUCUACUUUGUUCUUGGAGCAGUUAUUGCUGGUGACAACAUGUUGUACUCUGUAGGGCUCCUGUACCUCUCAGCCUCUACAUAUUCCCUAAUUUGUGCCACCCAGUUAGCUGCUAAUGCAGUUUUCUCUUACUUUAUCAAUUCUCAGAAGUUCACUGCCCUAAUCCUCAACUCUGUGAUCAUCCUCUCAUUAUCUGCUGCUCUGAUUGCGGUAAAUGAUGAUUCAGAAACGCCAUCUGGUGUUGCUAAGGGGAAAUACAUCAUUGGAUUUCUGUGCACCCUUGGAGCUUCUAUACUUUACUCUCUUUUGCUUUCUCUCUUGCAGCUUUCCUUCCAGAAGAUCUUGAAAAAGGAAACAUUUUCUGUGGUUUUCGAAAUGCAAAUUUACACAGCAUUAGUUGCCACCAUUGUUUCAAUCAUUGGUCUUUUUGCAAGUGGGGAAUGGAAGAGUUUACAUGGGGAAAUGGACAGCUUUGGUAAAGGAAGAACUGCUUAUGUGCUGACGUUGGUUUGGACUGCUGUGACUUGGCAAGUUUGUUCUGUUGGUGUAGUCGGCUUGAUUUUUGUGGUGUCUUCCCUCUUCUCCAAUGUAAUCAGUACCAUGUCUUUGGCUGUGACGCCUAUUGCCUCUGUGAUAAUUUUCCAUGACAAGAUGAAUGGUGUGAAGAUAAUUGCUAUGCUUCUGGCCUUCUGGGGUUUUGCUUCUUACAUUCACCAGAACUAUCUUGAUGAUAUCAAGAUGAGGAGAUCACAAGCCACCGUCAAUGAAACCCGUCAUGAUCUUCCGUGCUGAUUAUCUUCAUACUGAUAUAUCCGAUGACAGUGCACAGAAGAUAUAACAUCAAAUUUUCUACGGUAAUUGUACAGUUCUUUAUUGACACAACUAGUUUAUCCUAGGAUUCUUAGUUCGAUAACGCAUGUCUAUGUAUCUGGACAUUGAUAUUGUUAUAUUAAAUAAGAUUGCGAAUU